GGUUAGAUGCGAAAGAAAGAGCGGGAAGUACAUGCAUCGCUCGUAGCAAACCAUCGUUCGAAGAUGGAACAGGUUUUAUUUUAUUUGUAGAUGAGCCUCUCCCUGAAUGCCCUGUCUGCCUCGCUAGCCGGUGGACUAGUAUUAAUCUGAUCGUAGACUGGGAUAGCGAGGAGUGUAGAUACUGAAACCAUCCAAACGAUUCAGAGGUAUUAUAUCUGUCAUAGUUUUUUUGUAAUGGAGAAUAUUCGAUGAGGAAUCACUUCUGUUGCCUUUGGUUGCCUUGGAAUCAGGUUUUAUGCUGAAAGAUAGUUCGAGGCUGGAUUCACUCUUUGGUUUCCUUUUUGAAUAAUUGAACGCCUCACUUGUUAUACUUGAUAUCGUUUCUUUGGAUGUGAAGCCUUUGUUAUAAUGCAUGAUCUUUAACUCAGAUCAGCAAUAUUGACAGCGAGAAUUUAAAGCUUCGAUCUCCCUCACCCCCUCGAGCAAUUUAUUUGUUUACACGUUGGUGUUUUCUUUCAGAGGGUCAUAACUUUCAAUUCACUAUUUGGUUUGUUUUAACUGAUGCUCUCUAAGAUUCGGCAACAAAUCACUUCAGCAAAGUUGCAUGAAACGAAAAGUGGUUAAAAUCAAAGUGAUAAAGAAUCAAGCUAAAUCACGUCAUUGGAAUCCAUAUUCUAUGAUCAGCAAUGUUAAUUUGGAACAAGGAUUGUAUGGUUAGCAAAUAAAGUAGUUUUGCCGUUCGAUAUCGAAGAUAAUGCUGUUGAAAACCACACGUUGCCUCAGAAGCUGUGUUUCUGGAUUAUCUUAACUGUGCAGGAUUUUACAGUCAACAUGGAAAGCAUCGUUAAUGUAACAGCUGAUUCCCCUGUUGAAUCGCAUCCAGGAUUUGUAGGUGUCUUCUCCUUCAACUUCAGCGCUACCCAUACGGCUAGCGUCGAAUCUGUCAUCUGUUGGAGUAUCCUCGCCAGCUCCAUCAUGGCCAUCGCUGGGGCAGGGAACAUCAUCGUCAUCUGGAUCGUCCUAACCAACCCGAGAAUGAGGACGGUAACGAACUAUUUCCUCCUGAACCUUGCAGUCGCGGACACAAUGAUAGCCACAAUUGACAUGCCAUCUAUGUUCACUUACAUCGUUACAGAGAACUGGCCCUUCGGACUUGUCGGCUGCAGGAUUGCCAAGUUUGUGGCGAAUCUGUCAGCAGUGGCUAGUAUCCUGUCCUUGAUGGCUGUGACCGUUGACCGAUUCCGCGCCAUAGUUCAUCCGCUCCUACCUCGGCUACCUAAACGGGUCAUUAUUGGAUCGGUCAUAUCUAUCUGGAUUGUAGCAGCAGCGUGGACAAGCCCGAGGUUCUUCUUUGCUCGCCAGUACAAGUUCAUCUACUCAGAUGGAACGGAAAGGGUGCAUUGUUACAUCAUAUGGCCACCCGAUGGCCAACCCUACGGAUCUUAUGAUGUAGCGUGAGUAUUCUUAAUUAAAAUACCGUAUACACUAUGACAAAUGGUCAAAUAGAGCUACAAUGCAGGGUUGGUGGUAC